CAAAGAGAACAAUGGUGUGGCGUCAAUGCACCGAGAAAUUACAUGCACGGGUUGAAAGUCCAUGUGUAUAAACAAUCGGCAGCACGAUCAAGCGUCGGGAGUCUUCUCGGAAAGAUGAAUUAUUUUUCUUAGGAAAAGGAAAUUCGUUUGCAUUUUCGUGCAAAGAUAUCAUUUUCACGGAAGAUUGUUUUUCUCGUAGAAAAUCCAGAGAUUUGCAACGGCUUACAUGUUUAUGUGCUUCGCAAGUUAUACCAGUUGAGUUCAACCUGUCCUUUAUUGGAUUACAUCGUCUCUUGGUCAGUAAAAGAGUAGAAGGCAUAUGCAGAUCCGUUGUGUGGUAACUUUGAAACUGAACAUUUUGGCUUUGACAACAAAGAGCUACAGCUAAAGAGACCGGCUUUUGCUUUAAAGCAACGUGAAAUCAAGAAAUUUUGAAUCAAGCAAAACAAUGCCAGCGAAACUUUUUCAAAAGAUUUGUGGUCACGGGAGAAAUCCUGGAGACAGUGGAGGGAGCUCUCGGCGGCUGCCUCUCAUCCAAAGAGUUUGCUAUGGAGUUGGACAUGUUUUUAACGAUCUUUGCGCAAAUUGCUGGUUUAGCUAUUUGCUCAUCUACAUGACCAAAGUCAUCUCACUUUCCAAUGCAAACGCUGGUCUUAUAUUAUUAAUUGGCCAAGUGGCAGAUGCCAUUUUCACACCGUUUAUUGGCUACGGUUGUGAUAAAACCAACUGCAAGUAUUAUGGACGUAGAAAGCUUUGGCAUUUGAUAGGAACAUUUUGCGUCCUUCUCUCCUUUCCUUUUAUAUUUAACAAAUGCAUUAGUUGUGAAAAUGCCUCGUCUACAACCCUAGUGUUGUACUAUGCCGCAUUUGUUGUGGUUUUUCAAUUUGGAUGGGCAGCAGUUCAAAUAUCACAUCUCUCCCUUAUACCCGAAAUUGCCAACAAAGUUAGCGAAAAAGUUGGCCUAAAUGCAAUCAGAUCUGGACUGACAUUCGUCUGUGGUAUUUACGUGUUUGGUGCAACCUGGUUUUUGCUUGGAACGAAUCCGGAAGAGAAUGUGACAGGAAAUGUCGCCCCACAGUUCAUGUAUCUCAGUUUCAUUGUUGUUGCAACCGGAAUUCUGUUUUCUGCAAUUUUCCAUGUCGGGACGAUUGAGCCAAAGCAUUAUGUUUGCCGAAAGAAACCAGUUUCACAAGGAGAUGCCAAGGACAAUCUGCUUCAUUCUCCAAUUUCUUCGAACGAUUGUGAGAUUUUGCAAAGUGAUAUUACCACAGUCGCUGCUUCAUCCACUGUUGACAGUGCGGAGGAGGCAGAUGUCAUAGAUUCCAAUGACCUUCUUGCUGAUACAAACCUUAAUUCGGAGGAGACAUGCAGGCAGUGGAUUGACUGGCUGAAGACACCAUUCUUCUAUAAGAUGGCCUUGAUUUACAUGUGCACACGGUUGACGUUGAAUGUCUCAUCUUCAUACUUUGUGUUAUAUUUAACAGAAACUAUGGCUUUUGAAAAGGAAGCAAUUGCCUAUUUUCCACUGCUUGUGCUCGUUAGCGGCGUCAUUUCAAGCGGUUUGACAAAGGUUCUCACGAAAAGAGUCGGUGGACGAUUGACGUUUAUUGUGGGAUGCAUAGCAGCACUGGGCUCCUUCGUGUGGCUUUUCAUGGUAUCCAAGGAUGCCAGAGCCUCCGUCUAUGUAGCGGCUCUUUUAAUGGGGUGUGGCUGCUCCAUUAUGCUGGUGACGUCACUAGCGAUGACUGCUGACUUGAUUGGCACAAACAAGGGCUCCUGUGCAUUUGUUUACUCCGCAAUGAGUUUUACGGACAAGCUUUCUUCGGGAAUUGUUAUUUACAUUAUUCAGCAGCUAAAACCAGUGAACGAGUCUGGUGAGUUUACACGAUACGUACAGACAACUGUUACAGGAGCAUCGUGUCUGGCGGCCCUCGUAUGCGUUAUAUUUUUCUUCCCAGCAGACUUCACAUGGAAGAAAAAAGUAUUUUUGCAAGAAUCAGGAACUCAGACAGAGGCUGAUUCUGAUGCAUCUGAUUUGAAGAAGGGUGUAUCACAUAGCAGCCUUGAUGACGGGCAAGGUAUUCACUUGGUUCAAUCAGAACAAAAUGAGGAGAACAUCAUUCAGGAAAUGGAUGCACCAGGUUCAUCUUUAGAUGAGAAACUCAAGAGACUGUCGUGGCAUUCUUCUAUGACGUCGUACAUCGCAUGGAGGCUAGCCUCGCCUCAUGUGCCAUCACCGACUGGGUCACCUUCCUUGGAUAAGAAGAGUUGUCAAGAUAGCAGCCCUGAUGAGGUACUGUAACUAAUGAUAAUUCAUAGGGAUGUUUUUUUGAGGUAGUAUGUUUGGUGGAUCUUCGGUAUAAAGUCAGUUAAGUGCCAUAGCUUGUCUUAAAGAUUAUAGUCAGAGGUUUUAAAUGACGAUUUCAUUUCGUUUCAGGAUAAUUUAUAAAUGUUUGUAUUGUAGGUGCAUUUUACUAGGAGGGACUCAAUUUUUUUGAAGAAUGUUGAUGUUAAGUUAAUAAAGGAAGUAGAUAUGCUAUUAUCUUGUUUUAUAUCUGAAACACAUUUUUAUGGUUUAGAAGCGUGUUUUGAGAGAGUUGAAUCUUCAAUGCGGCAAUUUUAGUAUAAUGCUGUUUCGUCUCGACAUCGAGGCUGCUUGGUAAAUGUAGUUUCAUAUGGUAGUUCUCAAAAUAGAAUCAAUAGCCAUGCAUAAUUUCAAGUGUUGCAUACAAUGAGUUUUGCAGGUAGGACUGCUUUUGCCUGGUAUUUUGUUUGAGUCAAUAAAUCGUUGGCAAACAACCUAUUAGAAAUUGUAAACAUUAUUACGUAUUUCGGGGUUUCAUAGAGUUUUAGUUGUAAGAUAAUGCUUUGAGCGAAUCGCUAAAAUCUUAAAUAUGGGUGUUUUUACAACCAUCCCGCAUAAUCUCGAAUCGUUUGAAUCGUGUUGCCAUUGUUUCAGCUUAUUCACUGAUUUGUGUGCAAAUGUAAUUUUUAUCAAGCAUUCCUUGUGAGGAAAAUUCGUACUUCCAUUGCUUAUACGUUGCUAGUAAUAGAUUAGUAUUCUGCUUUUUAUUAGAGUUUAAAUUUCUGUAUUUUAGAUCUGUUUGAUUAAACAGGUUAGUUAAGAGAGAAGCAACGGAUAUAGAGCAGCAAACCUAUACAUCUAUAUUUAUAGACAACCAAUCAUGAUAAAAUUCCCUUGUGUUACCAGAUAUUCCGUACAGUUAUGUCCUUGGAUACAGCUCAAUGCAAAUUCAAUUGCCAAGAAUUUGAAAUCAUUUUUCGAAACUGGGAUAUAUGUCCAUAGGUUCUCUUCAAAUAUUGUUGCAAGUAAAGAGAAGAAAACUCUGAUCGGGUAAUAAUGACCACGUCAGCCAUGUGCUGUGCCAUAAUCAUAAUUUCAUUUGUUUAAAUCUAUAUUCCUGGUCUACUUUUUAAAAUGAGGAUAUCAAGAUAUCUAGGGAAGUUUACUUUAUACAAAGGAACGUUAUAACUUGAGUGUUAACUGCAAUCUGAUAGAUCUUUGGCUGUGUCCCAAUGUGGUAUUCAUGAAACAAUUAGAGAUUCCUUUUUGUCAAUUCAGCGAACCCUUAGUUUCCUUUUGACCAACCCUGAUCCUACAUAUAAGUCACACCUGUAAACAUUAAUAGAUUGACUAAAAUAUCAUAGAUGUCGAGCUAUAAGUUAAAGCAUUGACAAGAAUCACCUCAAAGAUGAACAGUGAAUGAUUAUGAAUACGUCUAAUGAAGCAUUGCUUUUGGAAAUGAAUCCCGAAUACCAAUAAAUAAGGUUUUCGCUGUUUCCGUCUCACAAUGCUUGUGGUAUACUUGAAGUGCUCCUUAUAGGCGUUACCCCAAGCCUUCGAUAGUGAUUGCAGAUCAGGCCGAAAUAAGGAUAGUUCCUCGGCCUCGAAUUGGUUCAGUGUCACAAACCAUUAAACUCUUAUGCUUUUUUCUUACUGAAUUAGUUAAAAUCAUAAAAAGAACAUUGGGCUAUUGGGGUUAUGGUGUCACAUGGGGUGAAAACUGGAUUCAUCCGCGUGUCAAAAGGGAGUCUUCGAAAUGGAUCCGGGUAUCUAAACCGUCACAGGUAGCCUUAGUAAGUGCUAACGACGUUUGUUUAGGAGAUAUCCUUCGAGACAUUCAUCCCACAUAUUUUAAGCCACUUUUCGACUGUCUCAACAAGGAUUCCUCUUCCCCAUUUAUUUAUAGCUUAAAGAUUUUUGUCCAUUCACUGGCAUUUACAAAUAAACCCUUUAGUUAGGUACUUUAUUUCCACUAUAUAGUGCAUCCAAAUACUGUACACAGAUUAGGCCUAAUAAACCUACACUUCUUAGUAUCAGCACGCAUUUGCACUUUUCCUACAUUUACUAGAACUUUGCCGCAAUUUUUUAGUUAAUAAAUAUUGUAGACAGAGUAUUCAAAUACGAAUUUUUUAAUUGCAUGUACCUUCGUAAUAUUUUAUGUUUGUGAAAAUCAUUGUUUUUUACUGUGACAAUCCUAGUGUUUGUUGUUGUUAUUUCAUUGUUUUGUCCAAAUUAUCGCUCUUUUUAUCAUUAUUAUCACUUCUUACUUUUAUGAUCAUUAUAUUUACCAUUCGAAAACAUUUUCAAAAAGUUUCGUUUCCUUAUAUUUGUUGGUUGAAUUGUUAAAAACUAUUUAGACUCCAAUUUUUUUCAUCGUUAAUUAAAUUUCUCCACUUUUCACGUUUUCUUCUCAGUUCGAAUAUUUCCAGGAAUUAUACUUAACACCUCUGUGUAACAAGUCCAAUAAGUUUUUCUUUUGACAGGGGAUAGCGGGUAAAUAUGGCAGAGGGCACCAAAAUUUGCCCUCUGCCAUGAUCGGGGAAAUGGGCUUCAAAUGGAAUUGUCAAAGAUAAUUUGUGUGCAUUCUUAAUACAACCAUAUCAUAAGUUCAGAUUUAUAGAGAAUCUCUACUGCCUUUUAUUUCCAGUUUCUUAAAUGGAGAAAAUAUAUACAGCUAUUUUACUUUUCCCCAGAAGUCUACUUUUUUGUUAAAGAAACUGCCAGGGGUCGGCUUAGCUCCCUCUUAAAAAAUCCCUGGGGACAUUGAGCCCUAAAUCCCACACAUAGUGUUGUUCUUCGGACGUGGCUGCACCAUUACUUGCACUUUCCAAAAGUAUUGUUAAGAAUAUUUAGUUGUAAUCAAUAUAGUCGUUUGCAUUUGAAGUGUCACUAUGUUAAAUAUAAGAAUCUCUUUAGUUAAGUGACAUAUUUCAUAAAC